GCCAAUAGCCGAUUGGCCUACAAAGUGACGUCAUAGUUCCACCACUCCAGGAAGUGUGGAAUUUAUGCACUAACAGACGUGCUGGAUGGCGGCUCCUGAGGCAGAGUUGGUGCUGAAAUGGGAAAGGGAGCAGGCACGUCUUAGAGAAAGUGUGAAGGAGGAGGACACAGAGGAUUGGCAGAGGAGUCCAGACUUCAGCGGGCUGAAGAGAGUGGGAGGAGUAGAUCUUUCAUUCAUUAAAGGCGAUGACAUCAAUGCCUGCGCUCAUCUGGUGGUGCUCACUUACCCUCAUAUGAAGGUUCUGUAUGAAGACUGUAAGAUGGUGACUCUUAAUGCCCCUUAUGUGGCGGGUUUCCUGGGCUUCAGGGAAGCCCCACCUCUGCUACAGGCCCUGGAGAAACUGAAGAAUGUACAGCCAAAUCUAAUGCCACAGGUGCUGUUUGUGGACGGGAAUGGACUAUUCCACUAUCGGGAGUUUGGUUUGGCAUGUCAUCUUGGUGUUCUGUCAGAUCUGCCCUGUGUGGGUGUGGCCAAGAACCUUCUGCAUGUUGAGGGAGUGGUGAGAAGUGAGGAGCAUCAGUCACAGAUCAACGCCCUACAGAAGAGUGGGGAUAGUUUUCCACUGGCUACAACCUCAGGGAGAGUUCUAGGGAAGGCUCUCCGCAGUUCCCAUAGCAGUAUUAAACCUGUGUAUGUUUCUGUCGGUCAUCGAAUCACUCUGGAUACAGCAGUCAGACUCACACACACUUGCUGCCUCUACAGAGUACCUGAACCAAUACGACAGGCGGACAUCCGUUCAAGAGAAUACCUGCGUUGCCAUGUCCUGACCUCUGACAUUACCUAGAUGAACAGAUGGGGUGAUCCAAGAAUUUACCAUGCUUUACCAUGUGGAUUUGUAGUAUACAUAGACUUUUCUUUUUUUUUUUUGGAAUUAUAGUGUCUGAAAACAAAAGUAUGGCAGGGCAAUUCAGCUUCAUGUUCCACUGUCACCAGGAUCUUAUAUAAAUAAAAGAUUGUAAGAACACUUUUCCAAGCAGAUCUAUCAAGUGAGUUUUGGGUACAUUACGAAAAUAAUGUAGUGAAUGGAGGGGGAGGGGGGGGGGUAAAAGAAAAGAAAAAUUCAGAAAUUUUGCCAAUACACUUUUCCUCUUGAUAUUUGUAAUCACCAGGAUUCCUUUCUGUUUUACUGAAUUUAUUUCUUCAAUUCUGUCCUAUUUUAAUUUGUUGGAUAGCCUAGUCAGUACACUGCUGCAUUUAGUUUCGAUUUGCAAAGAAAUGACUUUUUACAUUGUAACUGUCCACUGUAAAUAAAAA